AUGGCUUGCAACAUAUGGCUCAAGAUCCUCCAAUCCCUUGUUCUACUCUACGUCCUGGCUGCAGUUUUGUUUACAACUUGGGUUCAUGUUCUGCACCCUGUUUCCAACCUUGCUCGUUCUCAGUGGUUAGAACUCGUCAGCGACAUCAGACCUAGGGACUCUGAGAUACGGCCUCACUCACCAGCCGCUAUCGACCUCUUUCGCGACUUCUACGACACUGGUUCUGACGCUCUGGGCGAUGGCUCGUUGAUGCAAGAAGGCUGGCCCCCGGGAUAUUCGUCCUCAAAGCUUGCAACGUUCUCGCACUCGGUGGGCUCGUACGCAGCGGACAAACCGCAAGCGCAUAUAACUACCUACUCAGUUCUGGAAGACACCUUGCUCUCCAAGGCGUUUGCAGACGCCAUCCAUCCCACUCGCAUCAUUCCAUUUUACUUCAAAGCCUCGCGUAAUGUCCACCCGGACGAUGUCACCAUAACCACCUUGAUAACACUCAAUCGCUUUCGCGUCUUCAAGCAGCUCGUCGAGCGAUACCGCGGUCCCAUCUCGGUUACAAUCCAUGUCCCCUUGCCGCUCCACACGCCUUUCUCUGCCCUCGCGCCCAACCACCCCUCGCGCCUCGCCCUGGCGGAUUUGCACGCGCUCUACGCAUCCUCGCCGCUCUUUGCACAGCACGUCGACAUCCACUUGGCGCUCUCCCCGUUCACCAACACCCGCUCCCCCGGCCCUGGCUUUAGCUCGCCCUCGAGCGCUCCCCGCCUCGGAGCUGCCGACGUGGUGGACCCAAUGGACAGCGAGCGGCAGUUCAACCUCUGGCGCAACGCCGCGCGCCUCUUCGCGCGCUCCGACUUCAUCAUGCUCCUCGACGUCGACUUUGCCGUCUGCACCGACUGGCGUGCCGUCGUCCGCGCCGCCUUCUCGCGGCAGCCCCGUCCCCUCGCUCGCCGUGCCGCAGCAGAGGAAUUUGGCGCAGGGACCGGCCCCAGCGGUACGGGCGCACAAAACGCGACAGAGGCCGCGAUUUUCGCGCGCCUCCGCGAGGGGUCCGCCGCGCUCGUCGUGCCCGCGUUCGAGUACGUGAAGCAGGAGCACGGCGUGGACCAACGUGCGUUCCCCACGGACAAGCAGGCACUCCUCCGCCUGACGCAAGCGCAGCCACCCGCUAUCGCGUCCUUUCACGCUUCCUGGGCGCCGGGCCACAACAGCACCGACUACGAACGCUGGCUCGGGCUCCCGCCCGGCGCGCACGUCCUGUACGAAGUCGAGCGGUACCAGAGCGCGUACGAGCCGUACGUCAUCACCAGCAAGCGCGUGCCUUGGUGUGACGAACGCUUCGCGGGAUACGGCGCGAACAAGGCGGCGUGCCUGUUCGAGAUGCAUCUCAGCGGCGUCUCGUUCUUCGUCCUCUCCGACCACUUCCUCGUCCACCAGAGCCACGCCUACGAGGAGGCGGCGCGGCGAGAGGAGGUGAGCUCCGCGUUCGUUGUCCUCAUAUCCAAAUUGACGCAAGACGCGGUGCAGCGCAAGGCGAACCGCAAGAUAUAUGCCGAGUUCAAGGAAGAAGCCUGCCUUCGGUACCUUUACCGCUACCACCGCGACGGCACGCUGCACACUCCCCGCGCGGCGAAUGCCCGCACCGAGUGCCGGAAGAUCAAGAAGAUCGCGAAGACGCUGAUCGGCGACGAAUGA